GAGCGUGUAAACUUUUAUCGUUGAACUCAGUCGUGUAUCAGUUGAGCAGUCGUAUUUAUCGCUAGGAUAUACUCUAGUGCUUCAUAUUUGCAUCUGCAGUUACGUUCGAAACGAGCAACGCAUCCGUUGUAAGCAAAUCACAAAGACCAUUCAUUUUUAGCGCUCGCUUGACUAAGCUCCUCGAUGGAUUUGCUGUGGUUUCUGUGCGUCGGGCUGAGCGUAAGCGCUUGGGUCGCCUCAGCUGAGAGACAUAGUGUAUUCUGGAAUAGCACAAACCCAAAUUUCCUUUGGGAUGACUACACCGUGGAGGUACGGAUUAACGACUACUUGGACAUUAUUUGUCCUCAUUACAACCGUGGCGAGAUUCCUUCCCAGGAGGCUGAGCGUUACGUCUUAUACAUGGUGGAGAAAGAAGACUACGAGAACUGUAAGCCGCACUCUUUCGACCAGCUGCGCUGGGAAUGCUCCAGGCCUUUCGCUGCUCACGCUCCUGAAAAGUUCUCAGAGAAGUUCCAGCGUUUCACCCCGUUUACGCUGGGCAAAGAAUUUCGUCAGGGAGAAAGCUACUACUAUAUCUCCAAGCCCCUUCAUCAUCACGGAAAAGAAUGUCUGAGGCUGAAGGUCGACGUGGUUGGACAUCACGGCUCUAAGGACCACAAGAAGACAGCAGAGAAAGAGGAAGAGAUGGAGAAAGAAAAGACAACACGUAUGGGUGGAGGAGGAGUGCACAACCCAUCCAACAGGCUUCCUGCCGACGACCCCAUCGCGAUGAUCCCGAUAGUUCAGAAGAGCGUGGGAAGUUCGGGCAUCCCCAGGGCGACCGUUUCGUUCUUCCUCACAUUACUCCCUGUCGUCCUCAUCUCCCUACUACACUGAACCAGAGACUUGUCUGGAUGGGGACACUGACGCUGGUCUUGUUGGACCUAGCGAGACUGACUCUAUACUUGCCGGUGCUGGUCGCCGGCGAUGGACAUACAGAUUUUUAUACGGAAAGAUUUUUUUUAUAUAUGAGGACGGACUUAGUCCAGGUGCUGACGUGCAAGUUUUUUUGAGUGAAGUGCUUGUGUUUCUCGAGUGAGGUGAAUGAACAGAAAGAGAAGAGUAUUUUUUUGGAAGGAUUUUUCUUCUUUCUUUUCAUGGAUUUUUUUUUUUUUCCUUUUUUUGAAGAAGAAGUGAACUCCCUCCCAGUUGUUUUUCCCCUGUUGUAUUCAACUUUUGUAGAUUAAAAUUGUGAAUUUUGUUAACAAAGAUACGCUAACCACUGCCAAGAACUGGGAAACAAAGAGGAACUGGAAAAAACAAAGAAACUCACCUACAAGCUAAAACCGAUCAAAUGUUUAACUGGAACUUUCAUCAUUAUGAAUAUUACAUUGACAUUGUGUGUUUUUAGUUAUAAAAUAGUAUUUGUGCUCAUCUCAAACUGUUUGUGAGCCAAAGACGGCUUUUGAAAUCUCAAAGCUAUCCUUUUGUUGAGCCCUAUUGAUAUGCAAUGUGUAAAAGUAUUUUACAGUGUAUGUAAUAACUGAAACCAGAUCACUUAUUAAUGUGUAGUUUCUCAUUGUAGCUCUAAAUUAUGUGGUGGUUUUUCCUGUCCGUAAACAAGCUGAAUUUUGUAAUGUAAAAUACACCAUGGAUUUCAUACAAACAUAAAAAAACAUUGAUGUGCAUAAACACAGUGAUUAUACAUCAAGAAGAAACACUAAAUCAGAUCGUGUGUGUGUGUGUGUGUGUUUGUGUGUGCUU